AUGGACUGGAUGGGACGAGGAGGUGUACAGAAUGUGGACAGAGUGUGGAAUGUAGGGGGACAGAGUGUCCAAAGCUUCUCUGGGACCAGAGUUGGCAGGAGCAGGUUCUCGAUUGGUCCUCUUUGUGAAAAUAUCAAGAUGAGUGGGGAUGUAGCCGAUUCCACAGAUGCACGCAGCUCUCUCAGCCAGGUGGAGUCAGGAAAUGAUCGAAAUGGCCUAGAUUUCAACAGGCAGAUUAAGACAGAGGACCUCAGUGACUCCCUGCAGCAGACCCUCUCCCAUCGGCCAUGUCAUCUGAGUCAAGGACCCGCCAUGAUGUCCGGAAACCAAAUGUCUGGGGACAUGGCUUCCCUCCAUCCGCUCCAACAGCUGGUGCUGGUUCCCAGCCACUUACAAUCUGUAUCCCAGUUCCUGCUAUCUCAGACCCAGCCUGGGCAGCAAGGUCUACAGCCAAAUCUCCUCCCCUUUCCACAGCAACAAAGCAGUCUCCUCCUCCCACAGACUGGGCCGGGCCUGGCCUCCCAGGCAGUCGGGCGCCCUGGGCUGCCAGGAUCCUCCUUAGAACCCCACCUGGAAGCAUCCCAGCAUCUCCCAGUGCCCAAGCAUCUACCCAGCUCCGGGGGAGCCGACGAACCCAGUGACCUUGAGGAACUGGAGAAGUUUGCCAAGACCUUCAAGCAGAGGCGCAUUAAACUGGGCUUCACCCAGGGAGACGUGGGGCUGGCGAUGGGAAAGCUAUAUGGCAACGACUUCAGCCAGACUACCAUCUCACGGUUUGAGGCCCUCAACCUGAGCUUCAAGAACAUGUGCAAGCUCAAGCCGCUGCUGGAGAAGUGGCUGAACGAUGCAGAGUCUUCUCCAUCAGACCCCUCGGUGAGCACCCCCAACUCCUACCCCACCCUCAGUGAAGUAUUUGGGAGGAAGAGGAAGAAACGGACCAGCAUCGAGACCAACAUCCGCCUGACUCUGGAGAAGAGGUUUCAAGAUAACCCCAAACCCAGCUCAGAGGAGAUCUCCAUGAUUGCAGAGCAGCUGUCCAUGGAGAAGGAGGUGGUAAGGGUCUGGUUCUGCAACCGUCGCCAAAAGGAGAAGCGAAUCAACUGCCCUGUGGCCACAUCCAUCAAAUCACCCAUCUACAAUUCCCGACUGGUCUCUCCUUCAGGGUCUCUGGGCCCUCUCUCCAUCCCUCCUGUCCACAGCACUAUGCCUGGAACAGUAACAUCAUCGUGUUCCCCUGGGAACAACAGCAGGCCUUCAUCUCCUGGUUCAGGACUCCAUGCCAGCAGCCCCACUGCAUCUCAAAAUAACUCCAAAGUGGCAGUGAACUCCUCCUCCAGCUUUAACUCUUCAGGAUCUUGGUACCGAUGGAAUCAUCCCACCUACCUCCACUGAGACCAAAAAGUUUCUACUACUCCACCUGGCCCUGCAUUCCCCACCGGAAGGAAGGGAGUUAUGCCUUCUCUGUGUGGACAGAUUACUUUCAGAAGAGUGGAAGAAAAUCCCCACUAUGAAUGAACCCAGACUCCUGCCUUCUUCAGGAGCAAGGACCUCUGGAGAUCCAAACUGUGAUUGAAACGUGUGCUGACUCCUAAUGCUCUUGAAAUAUAUCACCCCUCCGAGGAGUUUACCAUUUCCACCUUCCUUGCCUGUGCCCUUACCUUCUAGUUCCAAAUAUUUUAGACAGCUUCACUGUGGCAAUAGUCUUUCAGAGAAAGGACUUUUUGCAAUUAUUCUCCAACUCACCUAUGGGAUUCUGGGGACAGCCAUUUGGCUGGCAUGUCAAACUACCAGAAAGGGAGAUAAUGGUUUUAACUCUGAACUUAGCCACAAUUCCUGAACUUGAUCCUCAAAUCUGUGAAAAGAUUUGACUCUAAUAUCUCCGCCAAA